UGUUUCCAUUUACUUCCGUUGUCAAGAUGUAAAUACUUGCUUUUCAAAUUUCAAGUGAAAACGUGGAUUUAAGAGGCUGAGUGUGGUUUCACUGUAGGAUGCUAUCAGCAUGCCCCAAAAAGUGGCAUUGAAAGUGGUUCAUGUGUCAGGGCAAGAUGAAAGCUACAAGGCUUCAGAGUUAAAUCAUCACAGCCCUCUGACAAAAGGCUGGCAGUCAACCAGGUUUUGCCUUUACCCCCAGGAUAUAGUGGUACAGUUAGAAAAGCGAUGUCGCUUGAGGAAAAUUCAGAUUUUAUCUCAUCAGUUUUUAGUGGCUACGAAGAUAGAGUUUUAUGUUGGGGACGUGCCUGAUGAUACCGCAGUCUCUCUUCAAAAUGCCAGAUAUACAAGAUUAGGGUAUGUGUCGCUGUCUGACAAUGAGAAAACUGGAUUCAAGGCGCGGGAGCUCAAGUCUGUCCAUGUGGAUGCCGUGGGAGUCUUCCUCAAACUUGUCAUCCAUAAAAACCACAUUAACAAGUACAACCUUUACAACCAGGUUGGGAUUGUGGCUGUCAAUGUCAUAGGGGAUCCUUUAGACAAACCAAGGACCUUCUCAGAUACUGAUUUAUACAAUGAAGGGGAAGAACUCUUAUCAGACAGGUUAUUGGAAGGCUCCUAUUCCAGGCCUGAUUACAUCAACCCUUUGGAUGACUUGGCAUUUGACAUGUACCAGGAUCCAGAGGUGGGACAAAUUAUUAAAAAACUGGACCGUAAGAAGCAAGAAGCUGUGUUACAAGAAAGAUAUGACUAUGCAAAGCGGCUGAAAGAGGCAAUUGCUGGCCUUCAAAAGGUGGGUGAAAAGCUGGGAAAGAUGGAGAUAGAGAAACGCCAGGCUGUGGAGAAUGAAGAUUAUGACAAGGCCAAGCUGAAGAAGGUUCAGAUGGAUGAGUACAGACUACAGGCCUACCAGGAGCUUCAGAUCAAUGCUCUGCUCGAGUCUCGUCACCCAAAGCCAGUGGACUUUGACUCUCCCCGCCAACCAACCCCACCCCGCCUGAUGGAGCUACCUGGACAGUCCCCUCCCUCACAACACAAUACCCCGAGGACUCCCUAUGACGACAGACCACUCCCAGCACUAAAGAAUAAAGAUUCUCUGAAGGACAUUUCUCCCCCGCCACCAAAACCCCCACCAGAGGAGAGGAAAAUUUCGGCCCCUGUACCAGCAGCGCCUGUGGUGGAAUCUGAGCCAGAACCAGAGGUGGUUGCUCAUCCUGAGCCUGACACUGACGACGAGAGCACAGCAGAUCCUGGUGGAGGCCCCACUGAGCCUGAACCUAUGUCUGAGAAGGAUUUGAGGGAUGCUUCAUCUGCUAUUGAUGUCUUCGGAAAACCGCUUGUUUCAAAAGCAUACUCCAAAGUAUGGUCUUUCCGUGAGGAUGCCUUGCUGGCUCUCUAUAAGGAAUUGAAGGAGUAUCCUGCUUCUACCCCUAAAGAAGAUGCUAAGGCUGCAUUUCGAGCAGCCAUUUUUCUUAUAAAAAGAGCAAUAGAUGACAAAGUGUUUGCGGUGUACAAGGCAGCUUUAAAACUGGAGCGAAUGCUGUUGACGGAGUAUGUUGGAGUUCAUAAAAUUCCUCGACAUGAUGUGAUGUACGCUGUGGAGAAAACACUUGUUAAUUUAUUGCACAAAUCCAGUGACAUGGCAUUGAGAAACAGAGAAGCUGCUAAAGACUUCAUCCUUGAGAUAUCAAAGUAUAAGGAGGUGAAGCCGACCCAUGUGGUGCCUGUUGAGUGUGUCAAACCCUUCAAGCUGAACACAGGACCCCGUCUUGCUUUGAGUCGAACAGAAAUUGUUGAACACCUGUAUGAGGAACAUGGAUUACAGGACAGUAGUCUGACAGUGGACAGCAUCAUGAGAUUCUCCGUGCAGGCUUUACAACACAACAGUGGUGAGGUCCGAGAGGCCUCGGAGAGGAUCAUCAAGAAGCUGUAUAAGGAAGUCGGAGCACCCAUCAAGGAUUAUCUGCCCCCUGAUGACGAGAAGACACGCAAAAAUACCCUGUAUAGAAUGCUAUUUGAGUACUUUGACAAAGUGGAUGGGAAACCCUCAAAAAGUGAUUUUAAGAAAUCAAAGGCUGAGAUAGAGGCUAAGAAGCAAGCAGAGAUUGAGGAACUGCAGAUACAGUUACAAAAGCUGAAAGACAUGGCUUCAGGCAAAGCUCCUAUCAAUGAAGAUAUGUUGAAAGAAGACAAGAAAAAGAAGGAAAAGACUGUUCUCGGUGGCAAACUCAGUCGUGUAACUUUGUUUAAAGUCAAACGUGUGUUGAAGGAGACCAACAAGAGGGUGCCACCAACAAGCCAAGUUAAACAGAAAGCCAGCAAACCAUCUGCUGUUGUUGAUGAUGAUACAUCCACUAUAUUUAAUAUUGACAACAGUGAGUCAUCAGAAAAUACAUGUAUUUUCUGUGGAGAGAGAAAUGAUGGUUUCACGGAGGAAGGACUGGACGUCCACUACUGGAAAAGCUGUCCUAUGCUGAAGAGAUGUGCCAACUGCAAACAGGUUGUAGAGAUUGCUGGCUACACAGACCACCUUCUCCAGGAGUGUGAUGCUAAGAAAAACUUUGUGCGAGACCCCAGGUGCUCGGAGGCUGUCCCCAAGUCAGAGUAUGACCAACAUGUGGCAGACAAGAGCUGCAAUGCUACCAAACCCAACACGAACCACUGUCCCUUGUGUCAUGAGAACAUUCCUGCUGGUGAGGAGGGCUGGAAGGUUCACCUGAUGGAGAAGGAUGGCUGUAAACAAAACCCUCGCAGACUGCUCGCACUGAACAAACCAGUUCAAGGUAAAUCAGGCGCAGCAGGAGCGACCAAACCAAAGGGGCGAUCAGGAAUUCCCAAACCCUCGGCCCUGGGUAAGGGCAAGUCAGGGGGCAGAUAAUACUCUACUGUAGUUCUCAACCCAUGAGAUAACUGCUUAACCGGAGCUACAGUAAAGGGCCUUAACUCCUCUUAACAACCAUGACUGUCGCAUCAGUAGAGCUACUAGAUGUACACCUCAAAGUUGUUUCUUUGCUGUUUGACUGGUGGAUCAAGAUGGUCUUGUACGUGUACUUAGUGACCAGCAUAUGUAAUAUGAACUUGUUGGAGGGUGAUUCCUAUUGACACUGCUCUAAUUUUGGUGUCAGUUUGGCUGAACCUUUGUUAUUACUACAUGCAGUAUUUCCAUGUCACAAAGGAAUUUGAAAGAAUUCAGAUUACUUCACCUCAACUUCAGUCAUGUUGCAAGUAUCCAAUGGAUCCUUCUUGUGUGAGUGUGAGCAGAAUGAUUGGUAAUUAUGCAGAAGGAACUUUGCAGAAAUAUUUGAAGAGUGAAAAAGGUUUCUUAUCAUGCUUGAUGGAGGAUUAAUACAAAGUCUUUCUUAUGGUCAACAUGGUAAAUUGAUGUCGGUCAGGCCAUCAGGCAAAGCCAAUGUUAGAUUCAACCUACUGACUAAGUUAACACUUUUUUCCCUACUCUGGAUCAAAUUUUGUAACUGGUAAUCAGUAACACAUGCAGUUUAUAGAGACCGUGUCACAGAGCUGGCAUGAUUUACACAACUGCAUGUAUUGAAGCUACCAUGUUGGGGGCUUUUUUUAAUUCCCUAGCUGUAGGAUUGUAUAUGUGUAGUUCAGUUUAUUUAUUUAGGUGUAGAUGUAUAUGCUUGUGCAAAUAAGUUCAGCGGCUUACUAGCAUUUUGCAUCGCAGAUUUAAAGGCUACAAUAGCUUUGUGAUCCAGGGGCCAGAGUUUAUCACAGUGAAAAACAACAAUCUCUCUGAAAGAACAACAUUUUGGCUUUCGCAGACAAAUAAAAGUGAUUUCUUUUCACUGUUGAAGACUUGAAAUCUUUUUGGUUUGUAUGGCUUUUGCUCUUUAAUGCCAGUAACUGAACUAGUCAACAGUAAUAAUUUAGAGGCAAUAAUAAGUUCAUCAGUGCUGGUUUUCAACCUUGAUCCGUCCCAUAAAGUGACCAUUUCCUUGCGGACAUUUAUUUAUUUAUUUAUUUGAUUGGUGUUUUAUGCUGUACUCAAAGAAUAUGUCACUUGUACGAUAGCGGCCAUCAUUAUGAUGGGAGGAAACUGGGCAUUAGCCAGGGAAAACCCAUGACCAUCCGCAGCUUGCUGGAAGACCUUCCCAAGUAACGGCUGGAGAGGAAGCCAACAUGAGCUGGACUCGAAUUCACAGUGGGCGCAUUAGUGAGAGGCCCCUGGGUCAUUACAUUGCGCUAGCACGCUAAACAAGUGAGCCACGGAGGCCCCCUGCAGACAUUUAAAAUUACAUGUAGUUUGCAUGCAUGGAAAUUGAGACUACAUUCUUGAUAUAACUUUUUGAUUCUGCAACUAAAUUACAUGUUGAUUCUGAGUGACUUAGCCAUGGUACUGAGGUAUCUGUGGUAUAUUUUGGUGUCAUUUAGCAAGAGGAGAAAUGAGUGAAAGUCAUGUUUGUUAUUUGUAUACCGGUAUGUACAUGUACAUCAGUGUUGCACUGGUAAACUUUUUAUGUCCUGCUAAGACCAUCACAGCUAGCAUACGUCAAAACUAACUUGUAGCAAUUUAUCAUGACACAUUGCAUACAUGUAUGUCUCGUUACUUCUCUUGCCUGUCAAAUUUGUAGGGAACAUUUCUGUCCCCCGUAAGCUGUGUGAAAAGGGUUCAUUUCCUGCUUUAACACUGCAGUGUUAAUAAAUACCGCUUAGCUAUAUGAACACAACUACAACAGAACCAGUGAAACAACUACAUAGACAUAUUACUGAUACAAAACAAAGAGGGCUGACUUGUUUGAGGCCAGUCAUGUUCCGAAUUUUUCAGGUGCAUUUUUUACAUAUAUAUGUAUGCCGAUCCAAUGAUAUUGAAUACUGAAAAUGUAUACACAACCUGCUGUAUCCUUUUCUUCCUUUAUAUAAAUGUCCUAUAAUUUCAUCUUCAUAUAAUUGCUACUGCUAAGCCGUUACUGUUUAAUAGAACAUAUUAUUUGUGUACAUACAUGUACAUGUAAGCAACAGUACACAUCUCUGUGUAUAAAAUUGUAAUAUAUUUGUAUCAUUAGAGUAUUGGGCUUUGUACAUUGUAGAAUCUCACCUAGAGUGUAUUUAUGGUUACUAUCCUAGACUUUUAUAUUUCAUGACUAAUACUUGUACAUGGGUCGAGCGAUCCUUCUUUGCUUGCCAAAAUCUCUCAGACACUAUCCAAGUGAUCGUCAGGAAUGAUUAUGGCAAAAUGAUGGAAGCUACUUCAGUUUAAAGGCAUUGGUCUCAGGAUUCCAUGCUCCAAUCUAUUUUACAUGUUAAAAAAUGCAUCAGUGUAUGAUUUCUUACACGAAACAGUACUUAUAUAUUUCCUAAACUGUUUAAUACCUGCUUUGUUACAAGACGAGCAAGUACAUGUAACCUUUUGUCUCACGUGAUGUCCAUUUCCCAUUUCUGUUGUCGUGAAUUCCACGGUAAGUUUUACCUCAUUUUAGUCUCCUUAUAAAGGAAGAAAAACCAUAUUUUGUGCACUACAAAUGCAUACCCUUGUUUGUUUCACUCUAAAAGUGAAUAAAAUUGGCUUUCAUUCAGUGCAACUGUUUAUAGUGAUGGUGUCUUAUUUUGAAACGGGCCGCCAUAGCACAGUUGGUAGAGCGUCAGCUUCGGGGGCGGUAGAUCCUGAGUCGGAUCACACCUAAGACCUUACUAAAGAGGAAGGUGUGACUUCCUCACUUGG